CUUUCUGAAGAGUUAGGGACUCAACUAUAGUUGGAUUCAUGAAGUUUUUUCGUUACUAAGUAGUGAAUGUGAUGAUUUCAUAGUGUGCCACCUGCCUCACAUUGAGGUUCAUUGCAGUUAUCUAUCAAGAUUUGGCGUGAAAUGUCGGCCAUUUUGAAACCAGGUUUUUGCUAAAGACAUUUUCAAGUUAUUGGUACACAGGUGAGCCUCGAUAUCAGGACCCACAUACAACAGCCUGCAAUUGGAAUUAUAUAUUUUGCUGUGACACUCUAUAAAGAUGCCGAAACCUGUUGAAGUAAUACAGAACUUUGUCAUUAGCAUAGCCUUUGGGCUAGGCAUGUGCCAUAUAGUAUUAGGGUUUUGUACCGUCGGCGUCGGCACAGCGAUUAUGAUUUUUAAGUGUGUUGGUUGGAUGCUGGCGGUUGGAUUGUGGGCUGGAUUUAUGUUUUUGAUUACUGGGUUCAUAGCAAUAGCAAUGAGGUGGUCCAGUGAACCCAGAGGAUUGUCAUACGGCCUGCUUGUCAUGAGCAUUAUAUCAUGCCUGUUAGGGGUUUUUCUUGCUAUUUACGGAUGGUAUGCUGCCACGCAGGAAUACUUCUCUUUGUAUUGUAAUCAACAGUUGGAAAACGACUAUGUGUGUGUCGAUGAGACAAUUAGAAUGUGUAUUGACAUUAUCUUGGUGGUAUUAGGCUUGCUCGAAGUGGAGGUGUCAAUAGUAUCUGGAAUACUUGCCUAUCUAAUGUUUGAAGCCCCGGCCAUUGGGCCAUUCAACUCAAUAACCGGAUUACCCUUUGGCAAAGAGAAGGAGAAACAGUUCAACUUACCACGGAGGGAAUAGACCCGGAUACGAUGAAUAGAACAUUCAGCAUUCAGAACACCCGCCACAUACAUUCGAUUCACGUUUAUUAUCUAGUUCAACAGUCGUAAAAAUUUGUAUGUAAUUUUUCCCUAUGACGGAAGUGAGCAGUAGAGUUGGAUUAUGUUCGAGAGAUGAUGUAAAUAAAAAUGAUGUUAGGGUCAAAGUGCCAAAAACGAACAAUCUUGCAAAUACACUUAAAUGAGUGCAAACAAAUCAUAUGUUUGCGAUACUUAAAAAUAGAAUCCUGGGUGGGAAACACUGUGUUUGAUCUAAUUCUCACAUUAUAUUGAAAAUUGCCACACUCAUUUUGAUGUUAUUAGUUUUUUGUUUUAAAACUUGUGCUAGGAUAAAACUGUUAAACACAGUUGUAAGAAACAUUUUAACUUUCGCAUCUAUAGAUAUUUAUAUACGGCUAGGACCUUGUUAUAUAAUGCUUGAAAUCGCAGACGCUUUUGAUCUUUGAAUAAUAAUACAGACAAUCACUGUUUGCAGAAUGUUCAAAUUAAGGCAAUCCAGAAAAAAAUAAACUUUCGCAACUUAACAUUUAGCAUAUAAUAGUCAAUGCAUUUAGAGUGGAGUAGAUGGGGGUGGGAUGUGAUUUUUUGUUGAUAUGGUUGGGUUAUGGCAUGGUGAUACUUUAAGUAGAAUACAAUACGUAUAAUACAAUGAUAGUGCCACUAGAAUAAUACUUACAUCAGAGUAAAGUAAUGAUUCAAAUAGAGUAAUAAUCCCACUGGAAUUGAGUUAUACUCUCACAAAAAUGGAGUAAUAUUACCAGUAGAGUGGGGUAAUAAUUCUAAUAGUCCAUUGAAAUUGUGGGCAACAGUUAUGGUGGACGUAGGGAGUAUUGAGGGCCAGAGCUCCGCUCUUGAAACAAGAUUUAGUUGAAUGCCACAAUUGCC